AUGGGUCCACUCUCUUACGCUUCCCUUAUCACCGCCGCUGCGGUCGGCACCUCUGCUCUCGCAGUGCCAGCACCAGCCGCCAACCUGGUUCGGGACCUUGCCACCUUCGUGAAGUUCGCCGAGACCGUGACUGUCGACCCAAACAGCACAGUAUCUGACUGGUUCGGCGUAGACCUCGUCACCAAUGCCCUCGGAGUCUGCAACAUCACCGGCUACGAAGCCGUUGCUGGUAUUGGCCUCAACGGGGCCGGUCUUGGCGAGAACUUGAAACUGGAAGGGUUUAUGAGCGAGCUUCUGGACAUCACCUUCUUCCACGCCAACUCCAACGGCUUCACGGGCAGUAUUCCAGACGUCUCAAGGCUGAUGUGCCUCUACGAGAUUGAUCUGAGCAACAACUUUCUCUCCGGCGAGUUCCCAACAACAGUCUUGGACGCACCACUUACCUUCCUCGACCUCCGCUUCAACAAGCUCGAAGGCGAGCUUCCCAAGGAGCUCUUCACUAAGACCGACAUGGAUGUCAUUUUCCUCAACAAUAACCUCCUCUCCGGCGAGAUCCCACCGACCGGCAACAUAUCGACUCUCUACAUCACUUUGGCCAACAACGAGUUUACUGGCAAGAUCCCCGCGGAUCUUGCGAACAACAAGGGCCUGAAGGAGAUUCUUCUGUUGGGUAACCAGCUUGAGGACAACGUUCCAGAGGAGCUUUGCGCUCUUGAUCUGGAUGUGCUGGAUGUGUCUGACAACAUCAAGCUCAGUGGCAAGUUGGGACCUAAGUGCAAGAAGUUGGUGGACAGUGGUGUCUUGAACAUCAAUGGCACUGCUCUUGAGGUGUAG